AUGAUUGUCAAGGUAUUUUAUGUUACCUUCUUCCUCGCCGUCUUUGGCGCCGUCUUUGGCCUUCCCAGGGGGGUGUCCACCUCAGAGGAAGCCCAUAUAACCAAGCGGGAGUCGCGUAUCAUCGCAAAGAACACAAGCACCGGGAAGACCAUCCGGGUUACAAUUGCUGAUACUUGUGAUGCCUGUGGACCAAAUGAUGUUGACUUCGCCCUUGGUCCCUGGAAGGAGCUUACCAACAACGCUGCCCCCGGAGUUUUUACUGUCACUUGGCAUUGGGCUUAA